AUUAGCUGGGAUCAGUCCAUCGCAAACCGUGCCACCGAGUGGAAGUGGAUUACCGCAGAGUGAAGAGUGUACGAAGGCACAGAAGACCAAGUUCGAUCCGAGCAGAAUCGAUUGUAGGCACAUCACGCAUACGCCCGGUAACAGAGCCGAAAACCCCACCAUGUCGCCGAGGAAGAGCUUGCUGGGCUGCCUGCUGGUCAGCGCACUGCUGGUGCUGCACCAGGUGCAGGCCAACGUGGAGACCAACGAAGUGGACACCAGCGAUACGUACAUGCUGCAGGGCGUGGAAGUGUUCCCCAACGACCGCCAGUGCGUCCUGGUCGGAGGCCUGUGCGUCAAGACGGACGACUGCAUCGAGCCCACCACGAACAAGGGGCUGUGUCCCUCGAGCGCCGGACGCGGCGUGGAGUGCUGCUACGAACUGCCGGUCAGACCAGCGCCCUGCGCGGAACACUUGGGACUGUGCAUGGACCGAUGCCACCAGAGGCUCCUGCGACCCGGUACCGACUGCGAGAACGGCCAAGUCUGCUGCGUCCUGAUCUAGUUAUACUUACCACACCAAACUCACAUACCCGUGCAGAGGAAGGGCAUUUCCAGGUCGGUCGUCACUCGGAUUUUCAUGGCAAAAGCCACAUCAGCUAAUGAUAGGGUACAUUGAAGUCUUGCUUUUGCUCUCUGAGGGUUCUUAAAUUCCCGAAGAAUUUCGCAAUAUUUUUCUAAUUUCAUAUCAAUUUCUUUUUAAUUUAUAUUUAUUUAUUUAAUACUUAAAAUGAGUAACGAAAUUUAUUCAGAAAGAUUAAUUUUUAGAGAGGCCUAUCUUAUUUGGGGGAACUCAUAAUACCAGAUAAUACUAUAUAUAAAGGCUUGAAGAAUUGUUUUUUUCGGUUUAAAGCGUUUGAAACCGAUUUGAUUGUGUUAUUUCUCUGCACACACACACCGUACAUAAACAUGUAUUUAUUUAACUAUAUGUAUACUAAUUAUACUGUACGAAUACUUUUGUAUGACAUCUUAAGAACCCCCAUCCCUCGACAAAGCGAAAUAUUUGACUGCUUCCAAUAAAUGCAUUGUAAAUAUUUUCCAAA